AUGCAGUUUUAUCUUGCACUACUUCUGCUUGGUCACAUUCUUCAAAUCAAGGGUGAAAACAUGGUUGAGAAAGAAGAAAAGAAAACAAUGUUGUACACGGUCAAGUCACUUGCUAAUCAAGACCAUGAAUCACAUGUCGCUACUGUUAUGUCAAAUGACACUGCGCUGAAUGACGACGAAAGGGGCUUUGCGAUUCCAUUGAUGAUGGAUCCACGACUCAUAUAUUGGGCUGCCCGUGGAGUUGAUCCACACUCCAUGUUUAAAGAGAAGUUUUUCGAUAAAUCGUUCCCUUCUUUGUUGGAAGAUCUAAAGUUUAAGACUUGGGUGAGAUACCUUAUCUAUCUCAGAAAAAAACAUCCCGAAAAACCAGUUUACGCGAUCGACAUUCUUACAAACAAGCAUGGAGUUGUUCCGCUAACGGAGAUGAUAGAGAAGGCUUUGGUGGGAACGAAUUCGGCGCAGAAGGAGCUGGGGAAGAUAUUGGCGUCUGAGCAGCAAUAUCUUUGGCGGAUGAGGAAUGAACAAGAUGUCUUUACGAUCUUACAGCUCGACAAGGCUGGCGACGAUCUUCCCAAGACUACAGGGCUGCUCACGUGGUAUAACUAUGAAAUGAAAAAAUAUGCUAAGGAUCUAGACGUCGCGGAAUUUAGUAUCUGCUAUCAGCUUGCGGUCCACUACGACGGCGAUGCUUUGGCCAGAAUGUUUGACGGCUCAGACCUAAAAUUCGAUGCUUUGGCCAGAAUGUCUGACGGCUCAGACCUGAAAUUCGAUGCUGUCAAGUUGAUGAUGGCAGAUAUUAAAAAAGUGAUAGAAUCGAAGCGCGAUGAAAUCCCCCUCAUACACUUUCUCGCCGGUCACCGCCAAACAAAGCUGGUAGACUUGCUAAGAGAUGAGAAUCUGCUGAUAAAAAUGAAUACGAAUAGCGCAGAGCUAGAUUCGGUAGCUUUUGGGAUGGUAAUGAAGAACUAUGGUGUAGCGGCGUCGGCAUCUAAGCUCUGGGCUGCGCAUUUGGUGCCUGAAACGAGUGAAGUGGCAAUACGAUUGCAAAAUGUCGAGUUUCAUUGGUGGGGUAAUGCUUCACCAAUAGAGACUUUUAAAAGGCUUGGACUUGGUGAUAACAUCAAUGAGGUGCUCACUCAUCCAAAUUUGGUUGUUUUUAAUACGUUUAUGGCCACACUUGUAAAGAAGGGUAGUAUCCCGGAUUAUUCUCCGGUUGAUCUUUUCAUCGAAUGCUUCGGCGAGGUACCAGUUGCCAGGAUGCUCGAGGAUACUCAGAAGAAGGCAAAGUCCGAAACGGCGGAAAGUUAUCAAGUUGGUUUAUUCAAGAAAUGGCAGACAGAAUCGUUGGAAGACAUCAAGGCGAGGUUUGGUGUACAGCCAGCCAAAAUAGACAAGAAAUUGUUUCAAAGGUACGAGGAGUAUUUGAAUCCGAAGCCACAUUAA